GACAGUGACAGUUCUUUGCAGAGUUGUUAUGCCGGCUUCGUAGGAUGCGGACGUAGUUUAGAGUUAUUCUCUUAUGUAGUUUUUGUCUUGCCGUCGUUGAUGAGUUUUACUUGUUUUAGUCUUUGGCUUAACUGUAAACAAAUCAGUCCUUUAGCCCUUUUAAUCUUUUAAAUUAUCUGUGUAAAAUAACGAAACCUUCCGUUCACAUUCCUGUAUAAUUUAAAACAGAAAGGCGCACUUUUAACGAAAUAUCAUGAAUGGUAACAUGGAGCGAGUUUUAGAAGACACGCAGAAUCGUCCGUCCAAGUUACAGGAAGUGUUCAGCAAAAUAUCGGAUAUUUGGCAUCAAAGUUCGAGGAGUAAAGAAGUGUUCUCGUCGGAAGUUAUAGAAUCGGUUUUACCGGAGCGGUUUAACAUUCCUAUAAAUGGUGUUGGGAAUCGGGAGUACGAUGGAGAGUCCGAAGAAGAAAUUAGUGCUUUGGCACACAAGCUGGAAAAGGAGUUACGGAUUGGCAAACAGCGAUCGUUGCCAAGUGAAAUUAGAUUUUUACUGCCAGAAGAUUUACUAAAAUGUAUUUCGAGAGAUAUAUUGGCAAUGGCAGAUUCAGAGCCUUGUGGACUCAGGGGUUGCACAAUGUUCUUAAAUUUUGAGGGUGAGAAUGAAUGUAGAAGACUGAGAUCCUUUAAAUAUGACGACAGUACUGUAUCUACGUUCGAGCUAUUCCUGAUGCUGAAACAAGAUAAAAAUACGUGGAAUUCUAUUUUACCGGAGUUUCUCAAAAGGAUGACAAGGAGCAAUACAGUUGUGAUAAGCCGUGCCUACACUCUGAAAAAGAAAAAAUUGUAUCGAUCCUACAAUGAAUAAACCAUACUUAAUGGCUGGACCAUAAUAGAAGACUGACUGCUCUGAGAUGUAUCCAAAUAGUAGCAGCAUCAUUGCCAUUCAGUAUGUUGUAAAUUUUGUAUUGGUUCUGUGUACAUAAAUUUAGUCCAUAACAGGGUAGUAACUGUUUAAAGCAGUCUGAUGUACCUGUUCAUUUAACUGCCAUUAUAUUUGUGGCUGGAUUAACUUGUAAAAGUUGUGCAAUAUUUUUGUGAUGUUGGCUUACAUCUGUAUAUUUAUAUAUAAUACUAUGCCAACAAGGAUUUAAUUAUCCUGGAUAUUGUGAUAUUUCUAUUAGAUGUUGAAUGUUGGUAUCAACAGUAUUUUCAUAAUUGAAUGUAUUUUCUGGAUCUGAUUUAAAGCUUCAUUUAAUGAAGUCACAGAAGGUUAAAUUGUACAGGUUAAUGGCAGCAGUAAUAAGAACAAUAUUUUAACUGCAUUUUCUUGCAGUACAUUAUUAAUAAAAAAAUGAUCUGAAUGUCAAUAUACUUACUGAAUGUUUGCUGUCGUUCUGACUGAUUUCAUUAUUUAGACUGACUUUGAUUUAGCUAUAAUAUUGUCAUGCAGUUUGUCUGGGAAUGUGAAACUGUGAAGGGAACUCAUUAUAGCUCUCAGAAAUGUUGUGCGUUGUUGUCUGUAGUUUUAAAUUCCUUUUUGUGAGGAUGUUUUAUCACAUUUCAUCCAAUUUUUGUACUUUUGUAAUUCAGUUUCAAGCAAAAUAAAUUUGUGCAUAUUUGU